GUCAUAUCCAAAGCGAGCCACAGGGCGGAGACUUUACACAAGCAAUGCUCCUCAAUACGUCCCUCCCAAAUAGGCGGAGCGACAAUGCACCGAGCAAAUGUCAACAACAUGCCGGAGUCUGCCAGAGAAACAGAAACCGAGGAGGAGAAGCGAAACAGACAACAAAGAGAUCAAGGAAACGAAUCGUCCCAUAACAUCGUGUCUAUCAUAUCUCAGUUCGCAGAUGAUAAUUUAACACUUGUGCGGAACAUAAGCACCGGACUGGCAGUUGCUGGUGUAAUUAUAAUAGCAAGGAGUAUCAAACUGAUCACCAAAUUUCAUGCUGUGUCUGAGAUCCCUGCUCGUUUCAUUGAGAGGAAUGUCAGCCUUCGUGGGAAAGUUCAUUCGAUUGCAGAGAAAGGACUUGAAGUGGAGCAUGUCCCAAUAUAUCUGCCAGUCCUCUCUCCGUUACUGUCAAAACACAAAGGUGUGAGCACGUCCCCGUUGCUGGUGAAUCUUGCAGGAGUGGAGCUGACUCCAGAGGGGAGGGAAUGGCUGCAGAAGAACCUGGCGCCUGCCCAAAUAGUCUGGUUAAAACUGAUCAGCCGAGAGGACGACAUAUUGCACUGUUUGGUGUCACAAAGCAGGCAGGGGUCGAUGUGGAGCUGCUGCUUGAAUGAAGAGGUCCUCAAGCUGGGUCUGGCUCGCACUGCGGCCAUCGUGGGAGUCCUGCCUGACUCUCGCCUCUAUUGGCGUCUCCACAAACGGCUGCACAGGGCAGAGGUCAAAGCUGAGAGGAAGGGGCGGGGUCUGUGGAAGGAAGACAGCCUAUGGGAGAGGGCCUCCAAGGCUGUCAGAGACAAUAUCAUAUUCAGACUGAUGAGGAGACUCUUUAAGAGGACUGAGAGUUGAUCCAAGACAUUAUCAGAAAAAAGACUUUGUUAGCUUUGAGUUCUGAAAUAAUCAAAAUGUGACAGCUCACGAAUUGAUAAAAAUCUGUUUUAUUUGAGGGAGCACCUGUUCAUGCUAACUGAUAUCGUGACUCAUCUAAAAUGAAUUUAAAAGUUUUACCAUAAGGUGAACAAAAAGUGUCAUUCAUUACUAAUCCUGUCAUGUGUGACUGCCUCUCAAGGCUGUAAAUUUUAAUAUCCUCAUUACACUUUGGGCAAAGGUUUCUGGUUUAUUUUUUUACUGUGUUUUACAGUAAAAAGUACAGUUAAAAGUUCAAUAUGAUAAAGAAAGGGUUGUUACUAAUCCCUUGGCUUUCAUUUGCCCCAUUAAACCACAACUACGCAUGGA